CCGAGAGUUUCUAGAGGCAGUUCGGUGUGGUAGGCUGCAUUCCCCUAGCGAUCCUGCUGGUGUGAUUUCCCUCACUGGAGUUUCAGGCGAGAAGUGAACAUGUCCGGUCGUGGAAAGCAGGGUGGGAAAGUGCGGGCAAAAGCCAAAUCCCGCUCCUCCCGCGCGGGCCUGCAGUUCCCGGUGGGCCGAGUGCAUAGACUACUGCGCAAAGGUAACUACGCGGAGCGAGUAGGCGCUGGGGCGCCCGUGUACCUGGCGGCGGUGCUGGAGUACCUGACGGCCGAGAUCCUGGAGUUGGCUGGCAACGCGGCGCGUGACAAUAAGAAGACUAGGAUAAUCCCUCGCCACCUGCAGCUGGCCAUCCGCAACGACGAGGAACUAAACAAGCUGCUGGGGAAAGUGACCAUCGCUCAGGGCGGCGUCCUGCCCAACAUCCAGGCUGUGUUGCUGCCCAAGAAGACCGAGAGUCAGAAGGUGAAGAGCAAGUGACCCUGACGCCACCAUGGGAAAGCUGACUUCCCCAGCCGAGGCUCUUUCCAGCGCGGUCCCGCAGUGUUUUUUGAUUGUGCUGAAUGUCAUGGAGGGCCAGUACGAUCUAGCGGGGAGAGGGGCAGUGAGGAGCCCGCCGGAGUCGGGAGCCAAUAAAGUCGGUGAAAAUCCAGUA